GAUGUUGGAGUGGAUAAACAGUCUGGUUGACAGGUUACAACCUAAUUAUUUAAGGCCUGAAGAUUUGGAGUUACUACCAGAAGACGGAUAUGUACCAACACUGUCAGAUUUAGUCAUUCCUUCUUUAGUGACCGCAUCAUGUCUUGUUGUGGUGAGACAUGUUCUUGACAGGGUUGUUGUAGCCCCUCUUGGAACCUAUUUGGGGUUCAAGACAAAGAUGACAGAUGGUUUAACUGAAAAUCCUAUUUUAGAAAAAGAAUACAGCAAAUGUAAGACUCCUAGUUCGGACACUAUAGUUAUUUUGAUGAAGAAAUGUGAAUUAACAGAACGAGAAAUUUCUAAAUGGUUCCGUAAAAGACGUCGGAACGACAAAGUCACAGAUAUUAAGAAGUUACAAGAUGCAAGUUGGCACUUCAUGUUUUAUUUGAUAAUGUCCUGGUAUGGUGUGUUUAUUUUAUGGGAUAAACCAUGGUUCAAAAAAUCUAUCAAUUGUUUUGUGGAUUGGCCUGCACAGAGUGUGUCUAAUGACGUAUACUGGUACUAUCUGAUAGAGCUUGGGUUUUAUCUCUCUGCUGUAUAUAUGCUUUUUACAGAUCAUAAGCGAAAAGAUUUUACUGAGUUAAUUAUUCAUCACGUAGUUACAAUAUUUUUAUUGGUAUUAUCAUUCUCAUACAACUUAUUACGUGCUGGAACUUUGGUGCUAUGUAUACAUGACCAAGUGGAUUAUCUCUUAGCGAUGGCAAAAGUAGCUAUCUACUGCAAGAAGCCAAUGGUAGCAGAUACAUUGUUUGUUUUAUUCAUACUCGUGUGGAUUAUCACGAGACUUGGUAUUUAUCCAUAUGUGAUAUUAUACACAAUAUUUAUAGAUCUUCCUGUGUAUGCAAGAGAACUUGGACCAUAUGUAGAAAUGUAUGAUUCGUGUACUAUAAUGAAAUUUGUCAAAGGUGCUUUACUGGUACUACAAAUACUUCAUCUCAUAUGGACAUGGUUAAUUAUUAAAAGUGCUGCAGCUAAAUUCACUGCUGGAGCGAUUCAAGAUGCAAGAAGUGAUAACGAAGAAAGUGAAAUCGAAGUUGAUGACAAAAUAGAGGAAAAUGGUAACUGUAAAACUUUGGACACGGAAGGUUUAUGUCAGUGAAAAGUACGGAUAUGAUACUGUGUUUUAUUUCUCAGGAAUCCAUCAAACUAACAUUGUAAGUCACACAGUCAUCCAUCAUAUAUUUUAUAUGAUCAGAUUAGAAAUAAAACUUUGUUCCAAAGUGGUAAUGAGGGCUUGAUUUGAAUUUGUCUUUUCGCAGUAGACCAGUAUAUUACUGAUACAUAUGUAGACAUUAAUGGUCAUAGUUUUUAAUAUUUUUUUUAUAUAAAUCUUUGCAUUUAUUGUAAUUAUUUUAUUCAAAAUCAUGUAGUUAUUAGUUGACACAGUUUUUAUCAUUUUUUACAUAAACGUUUGCAUUUUCGUAAGUUAUUCUAUUUUAAGGACAUAUGGACGUCUUGUAUAUCACCAUUCUGAUCUCUUACACCUCAGUUGUCUGAACUUUUUUGUUUUUGAUUUUGUAAAGGAACUUGGUAUCUCAAUAUCUAAACAGAUGUUAACAUGAACUGAUUGGUUUAGUAUGUUUUCUUUAGUAGCAUUCAAGCACCUAGGAAUUUUGACAGAUUGUGCUCUUAACAAAAAGUAAAAUAACAAAAAUACCGAACUCCAAGGAAAAUUCAAAUCGGAAAGUCCUUUAUAAAAUGGCAAAAUCAAAAGCUCAAACACAUCAAACAAAUAGAAAACAACUUAUUCUUAAUUGUGUAAAAAUAGUUUAAUAUAUAAUAGUGCUAGAAGAAUUCAACAGCAAAAAAAAAUCAAGGUAAAAAAUAAGUCAAAACUGAGUUUGUGAAUUUCUGUCCUAUUUCCUUGUCGUUUGUGGGCGGAACCGGCUUUUACCGACAUGACGGUAAAUAUUUUCAUUUUUUCAUUUUUAUUUACCACAUUUUGUACAUUCUGAGAAAAAAAAAACUUUAUUUAUAAAAGACUAUUGAGAAAUCUGUUCGAACCGUGUUGUUAUUUUACUCUUUAAAUUUACAGUGCACUUGCAAAUAACAACCAUACGUUUAUGUGUUUUCUGUUAUAUAGAUACAAUGGAUAAGCGUGGAUUCUUGAAAAAGAAACCAUGAGCCCGGAGGGCGAAUGGUUUGUUUUUCAUGAAUCUACGCUUAUCCAUUGUAUCUAUAACUUAAACUAUUGUGUUAAUUUCUUUUCAAAAUUAAAGCCUUUUCUUAAUUAGAAGGUAUUGUAAGUGAGUUUAAAUAACCAUGUUAUCGUGUCCAACGAUGCAUUGAUAAAUCUCAGAUCACAAUUAAUUGGUUAACAAAAUACAAAUAUAACACUUCUACCUUUAAAGAAUUUUAUAUUACCAGGCAUAUGAAUAUUAUCUGUUUAUACAAAAUAAGACAUAUUCGAAAUUAUUUCUAAUAAAAUUGAAAAUGGAAAUGGGGAACGUGCCAAAGAGACAACAACCCGACCAAAAAGCAUAUAUAAAGUAUAUAUAAUAAGUAUGUUAUCGAAAUUUUUCUAGCACUCUAGGCACAUCACGAUUUUCUCGCGCAUAGGAAUUUGCGAACAAACCUUUGUAAAAUUAUGUAGUAAAACAAAUGAAAUCAUACUAUAUUUAUAAAACAAAAAAUGACAAAUAGAAUGUAAACAUUUUUGUUUCAAACAUGUGAAAUAGCCAAUAAUAAUUAAAAAAAACCGGUAAAACUCGCUAUUAAUACAAAAAUAUCCACUAUAACUUGCAAAAUUAGAAAAAAAACUAGGAUAACUUAAGAAUUGGUACAACAAAGAGAAUACAGGGAUUCGAACCUAAACCGACAAAUCCCGAUCUUUAACUCAUUGAUUUUAACCAUGCUAACCUCGCGGCUACCAACUCAUACUAUACGACUGCCUAUUGUGUCUAUAUAAAGGUACAAGCCCUGUGUGAACCGAUGUAUAUCAGAUGUUCAUUUAAAUAUAUAUAAUAAACAUCUAUAGUGUAACCCAUUGGUAGCCGAGAGGUUUCGUCGGUGUGUUGAUGUCAGUCACACAUAACAGAUUUCAAGGAAGGGUUCGAUUCCCAGUGAAGGCAUAUAAAAAUUACAAAAAUUAAAGGUAAGUUUUUAAAUUAAUUCCAUUAGUGAACAGAAAUCAGUAAAUUAGCCUAUUCAAACUUAAUGAAAUUAGGCACACAAAGGAAACAAUUGAAUAUAAUUUGGUGAGUCAAUUUCAGCGGCAGAUUUAGGAAGCGUUGAUUCUAGAAAAAGAAUCCACGGUAAAUGAAUAGGCUGACGUCACCACAAUGGUUUAAUAUUUGAUCAGUGGUGAGUUAAAAAAAAUGUCUUACUGAACCGGUCACUUUAGUGUAUGAUACUGUUGAUAUGAUUACAAAAAAUACACAUAUAAAUAAUAGAGGUAUGCUUUCUUUUACUUAUAGAUACACUGUAACGUUGUGUUAGGAUAUGUUUAAGGUGCUGGUUAGGUUUAGGUGAGGCUAAGAUUAGGUCUAGGGUGGAGAUUUAGACAUAUGAUAGUGAAAGUAACAGUAUAUUUGACCUCAAGUAUUGCUAAAAAUCUUGCAGGAGAUCAAUCAUGUUGGUUAAAAACGUCAACAUAAACAUGCACAUGUAAGUCGAUUUCAAUUCAGGGUAUUUGUUCAAGUUAUACAUAUGACCUUGAGUAUAACAUAUAAUGUUAAUAGUUCACUGUUAACAAUAAAUAUAAACAAAGAAGACAUACAUGUAUAUGCUGAAAUGAAACUUUAAGACUUCAUAUUUUAUCACUGAAAUUACAAGUCAAUUAAAUGUUCAUAAAUAUGUCAUGUUUUAUAAACUAUGUGUUUUUUUUAUGUUUUAUUUAUUUUAUUUCUUUACAAUUAUGUAUUGUUAUAUGCAAUUAAGCAUCAAACUGACAAAGGUUUUUUUAUUAAAGGAAGUAU